GCGACACCGACCUGUCGCAAAGGCCGCGUUUCGGCGGCGAAUGAGCUACUCGCUUUCCGUGCGCUGCGGCAGCGAAGGCGGCCGCGUCUUCCUCCUUCUGCCGUGGUGCCAGAUCUCCUGAGGGUAUCCAUCCCCACUUAAGUCUGGCCAGUUACACCUGUCUCCGCAAUGCCCCCCAAGAAACAGGCUCAGGCCGGGGGCAGCAAAAAGGCGGAGCAGAAAAAGAAGGAGAAGAUUAUCGAGGAUAAAACUUUUGGUCUGAAGAAUAAGAAAGGCGCAAAGCAACAGAAGUUUAUCAAGGCUGUCACUCACCAAGUUAAAUUUGGUCAGCAAAAUCCACGUCAGGUAGCACAAAGUGAAGCUGAGAAGAAAUUGAAGAAAGAUGACAAAAAGAAAGAAUUGCAGGAGCUGAAUGAACUUUUCAAACCUGUAGUUGCUGCUCAAAAAAUAAGCAAAGGUGCAGAUCCCAAAUCUGUGGUGUGUGCAUUCUUCAAGCAAGGACAAUGUACUAAAGGAGAUAAAUGUAAGUUCUCUCAUGACUUGACUUUGGAGAGAAAAUGUGAGAAACGAAGUGUUUACAUUGAUGCAAGAGAUGAAGAACUUGAAAAAGAUACUAUGGAUAAUUGGGAUGAAAAAAAGCUGGAAGAAGUAGUGAACAAGAAGCACGGUGAGGCGGAAAAGAAAAAACCAAAAACUCAAAUAGUGUGCAAGCAUUUCCUUGAAGCUAUUGAAAAUAACAAGUAUGGCUGGUUUUGGGUGUGCCCUGGAGGGGGUGAUAAUUGCAUGUAUCGUCAUGCACUACCUCCUGGAUUUGUGUUGAAAAAGGAUAAAAAGAAAGAAGAGAAAGAAGAUGAAAUAUCAUUAGAAGAUCUAAUUGAAAGAGAGCGUUCUGCCCUAGGUCCAAAUGUUACCAAAAUCACUCUAGAGUCUUUUCUUGCAUGGAAGAAAAGAAAAAGACAAGAAAAGAUUGACAAACUCGAACAAGAUAUGGAAAGAAGGAAAGCUGACUUCAAAGCAGGGAAAGCUCUCGUGAUCAGUGGCCGGGAAGUGUUUGAAUUUCGUCCUGAAUUGGUCAAUGAUGACGAUGAGGAAGCAGAUGAUACCCGUUAUACUCAGGGAUCAGGUGGUGAUGAGGUUGAUGAUUCUGUGAGCGUAAAUGACAUAGAUUUAAGCCUGUACGUCCCAAGAGAUGUAGAUGAGACAGGUAUUACUGUAGCCAGUCUUGAAAGAUUCAGCACAUAUGCUUCAGACAAAGAUGAAAACAAAUUAAGUGAAGCUUCUGGAGGUAGAGCUGAAAAUGGUGAAAGAAGUGAUUUGGAAGAAGACAACGAAGGGGAGGGACAGGAAAAUGGAGCCAUCGAUGCUGUUCCUGUUGAUGAAAAUCUUUUUACUGGCGAAGAUUUGGAUGAACUAGAAGAAGAAUUAAACACACUUGAUUUAGAAGAAUGACACCAAACAAGUCAAUGAAAAUAUUUAAGUCAGCUCAGCAUGAGUUGAAAUUGACUACAUUAAUUUUUUCCACCUAGAAUCAACAGGAUGUUUAUUUCCCAUGCUGAUUCUGGAGGGCUUACUCUCCUCCAAAAAAGGAAUAAUCUCCCUACGUCUUCUCUUCUGACUUUGACUACAUCUCAUAGUAAGUUCAGAGUAGUUCAUGAUAAAUUGAAAAUAUAAUGGUCAUUACAGAAAAUGAUUGAUUGUCGUAACUGUCCACUCAAGUAGGAAAUGUAACUGCUUUUCCAGCUUUUGGUUUUCAUUGGGCAUGUAUUAUUACCAGGAACAACAAAUUUAAAAUACCCCUUAUUUGAUGCAGUUUUUAAUGAGUGGUUUCCUUUCCUUUGAAUUUAUGUUUUAAAGACUGCCUAAAACAUGAGCACUGUACUUCAUAAAGGAUACUGCAUAUGCAGAUUCAGUAUUGUAUCUUUGAACAACUGGAUGGACAUUUAAAAUGGAACUUCUUUAACCUGACAGGAUCAGCUACAAUGCCCUGUGUUAAACUGUUUUCCCUCUUCUUUUUUGCCAAUAAAGUUGUAAAUAAAGACCAUCAUACAUUAAAAUCCAAA